AUGUCCCAAAUGGUGCCAGAUUUCUCAACCGUUCCCGCAGGAGCAAUUGUUGCCCCGACACCGUUUACGGUAGACAUCCCUGAAGCCGCUCUCGAGGAGCUGAAAACCUUGGUAGAACUCUCCAAACUUCCAAAAAAGACCUAUGAAAAUACAACGACGGAAAAAUAUCACGGCCUUACUCGUUCCUGGCUGGAAAAUGCUAAAUCAUACUGGGCACAUGAAUUUGAAUGGUAGGUGAACCUCAUGCCGGAGUUGGUUUUGCAAAGCUGAUGUCUUGAACAUGAGACGCAUAUAAAUUCUUUUCCUAAUUACAUUACGGAUGUUGAAGCUGAAGGUCAAGAAGCACUCAAGAUCCAUUUCGUUGGCUUGUUUUCUGAGAACAGGGAUGCGGUUCCGCUUGUGCUUAUCCAUGGUUGGCCUGGUAAUGACAAGCAUCCCCUUUAUUCUAGUCAAGAUACUGAUCACAACUUCUAGGAAGUUUCUUGGAGUUCCUCCCCCUUUUGAAGCUUUUAAAGGAGGAAUAUAAGCCAGCUACACUGCCCUACCACGUGAUUGUUCCAUCACUCCCAGGCUUCGCAUUUUCAGAUGCUCCGCCUUUGAAGCGCGACUUUGAUCUUUCAGAUGCGGCCGCAAUCAUUGAUAAACUGAUGAUUGAUCUUGGUUUUGGUGGUGGGUAUGUUGCUCAAGGAGGCGAUGUCGGAAGCAAGAUUUCUCGCAUUUUAGGCUCCAAGUAUUCUUCUUGCAAGGGUUCGUAUUUUCGUUUUCUAUAUGUCGUAUUAUUUCUAAUCGAGUUCUCAGCUGUUCAUGUCAACUAUUGCUAUAUGCCCGAGCCUGCUAAGCCACUUGGGAAUGUAACAGCCACAGACCUGGAAGAUCUCAAAAGAGCGAGAGAGUUUAAAGCAACAGGUAGUGCAUAUGCUCUAGAGCAGGGAACUCGUUCAAGCACGAUUGGAUUGGUACUCUCUAGUAGCCCUCUUGCUUUGUUAGCAUGGUGAUACAUCAAUUCAUGUUUGUGGUGAACACUGAAAGGCUGACUAGAAAAUGUAGGGUUGGCGAAAAGUUCCUGGAAUGGAGUGACGAAAAACCAAGUCUGGAUACGAUCCUUGAAUCAGUCACGUUGUAUUGGCUAACCGACACUAUAUCUUCGUCAUUCUACAAUUAUCGGCAGGUAAGUCUUUUAUCUUUGCCUCUGGAAGGAGUCUGGAAGUUAGGCUUCGCUAAUUCUGAAAAGACUUUCAAUUCUACAAAUCAUGGUGCGCAAUUUGUUGCGGAAUAUUACAUCCGGAAACCAUUUGGCUUUAGUUCCUUUGCAAAAGAAAUCGCCCCCGUUCCUAAAGCUUGGGCUGCCACUAGUGGUGAUUUGGUAUUUUACAGGAGAAAUGAGAGGGUAAGUAUCUAUCAAUGUGAAGUCUAUUGCUUGUAGCUUUUCUGAUGUCGUGUUGCAAUUCAGGGAGGCCAUUUCGCUGCUAAUAAAAUGCCUGAAGUUUUAUUGGAAGAUAUCAAGGAUUUUGUCACCCAAGUUUGGACGGGUUGAAAGAGUGUGCGGGCUCUAUUACUCGUACACUUUUACCAAAGGUUUUAGUUAUGGCUUGCAGUUAGGGACAUUGUGUUGAUCGCAUGCGGAAAUAGACAAAGAAAUUUUCAUGUCAUGAC